CCUGGUUCUCCUUUCCCUGCUCUGGCCUCACAGGAGGAGUUGGCCGUGAGCUGUGGGCCGCGCUGGCCCCCGCCAGAUUUCCUGGCCAAACUGAGGAGGAGAGAUGCCCUGGACCGUCCUGCUCUUUGCAGCCGGCUCCUUCGCAAUCCCAGCGCCAUCCAUCCUGCUGGUGCCCCCACACCCCAGCAGCCAAGAAGACCCCAUCCACAUUGCCUGCGUAGCCCCUGGGGGCUUCCCAGGGGCAAAUUUCACACUGUACCGUGGUGGGCAGGUGGUCCAGCUCCUGCAGGCGCCCGCGGACCAGCUUGGGGUCACCUUCAACCUGAGUGGCGGUGGCAGGGAAGCUCCAGGGGGCACAUUUUGCUGCCGGUAUGGUGUGCUAGGUGAGCACUGGCAGCUGCAGCUGUCGGACUUCAGCGAGCCCAUGCAUGUCUCCUUCCCAGUGCCCACUUGGAUACUGGCACUCUCCUUGAGCCUGGCCGGAGCCCUCCUUCUCCUUGCUGGGCUGGUGGUCGUUGCCGUGGUGGUCAGGAAAGUUAAAGUAAAAAAUUUGCAGAAGAAAAGAGAGCGAGAAUCCUGCUGGGUCCAGAUCAACUUCGCCACCACAGAUAUGACCUUUGAUAACUCUCUGUUUGCCAUCUCCAUGAAAAUGAACCCAGAAGAAGAUGCAGCUACUCUGGAUGCUUGCUCAGGCACCGCCGAGACACCUGGCAACUCUGGGCCCCGGAAAAGGCCCACUUCCACAUCAUCCUCACCUGAGCCCCCCGAAUUCAGCACUUUCCGGGCCUGCCAGUGAGGCUGAGGAUCGGGGGCCCCACUAUGUCUGUGCACUCUCCAUUCAGCCCCCUCUUGAGGGCCUGAAGUCCCUCCCGCUACUUUGGGGAUUCUGGCUGCCGCUUUUUCAGGGAAUUGACAGAGGAGAUAAAGGGAACUCUUGGCCUUGGGACCUUCCUCACAGAAAGACAGGAGUAAGCAGAGGGGGCACAGACAUUGUCCUGGAGGUUGGACAGUAAGCAGGAAGACUCUCUUUGACUUCUCAGCUUCUCAGACCACGUGGGAAGGAGAUGUUAGGAUCUCUGUGGCCCCCAAUUGGGCCAUAAGAGUCCUGAGUCCUCCACAUACCCCUCCGAUGUCCUCCCCUUGCCACAUCUGACUUGACCAACCCAACUAGGUUUUUGGAGCAUAGGGUACCUGGGGGUAUGUUCCUUAAGUCUGCCCUGCUGGCAUGCCUAAGUUAUUAAUUAUAACACGUUUUGAGCUCUUCC